GGAAACGGUGGUCCUGAGGAGGAGGAGAAGGCCAGGCCGGGCAUGCCUGUCAGCAAAUGGGCCUAUCUUGAUCUAAGAAUACAAAAAUGAGUCACUUGCGGCUGAUUGCUGCUAGCCUGAAACAUCGUGGCAUUUGUUCUUUGGUGAAGAAAAAUGUAGACAGAAAAAUGCUUCUGCCAAGUCGGAGUUAUGUUUCAUCAGGACUCACAGAACCUUUCUUGAGUGGAAGUAAUUCAAGUUACAUCGAAGAAAUGUAUUAUGCGUGGCUUGAAAAUCCAAAAAGUGUGCAUAAGUCUUGGGAUUUGUUUUUCCGAAAUGCUACUGCUGGGGCUCUUCCUGGACAAGCCUUUCAGACUUCUUUACCUGAUAUCUCAGAUGGGAAAACAUCACUUAUCCAAAGCCAUGGGCUGACUCAGUCACCAGGUAAAGCUGAAAAACUGGUUGAGGAUCACCUGGCUGUGCAGUCAUUGAUCAGAGCAUAUCAAAUCCGUGGACACCAUGUGGCUCAGUUGGAUCCCUUAGGAAUCUUGGAUGCCGACUUGGAUUCAUUCAUUCCUUCGGAUUUAAUCACCACUAUAGAUAAACUGGAGUUUUAUGGCUUAGAUGAAUCAGACUUGGAUAAAGUGUUCCGGCUGCCUACAACUACAUUCAUAGGAGGAAAUGAAACUAUGCUUUCUUUACGAGAGAUCAUCAAGCGAUUGGAGAAUACAUAUUGUCAACACAUUGGACUGGAAUUUAUGUUUAUAAAUGAUGUGGAGCAAUGUGAUUGGAUCCGGCAGAAGUUUGAGACACCAGGUGUCAUGAAAUUCAGCAGUGAGGAAAAAAGGACAUUGUUGGCUAGACUGGUGCGAUCAACAAGAUUUGAGGAUUUUCUUGCCCGGAAAUGGUCAUCAGAGAAACGUUUUGGCUUGGAAGGAUGUGAAGUAAUGAUCCCUGCUCUUAAAACCAUCAUUGAUAAAUCUAGUGAAAUGGGAAUUGAGCAUGUUAUAUUGGGCAUGCCUCACAGAGGAAGGCUGAAUGUGUUGGCUAAUGUUAUCCGAAAGGAGCUGGAACAGAUCUUUUGCCAGUUUGAUCCAAAGCUAGAAGCAGCUGAUGAAGGAUCUGGUGAUGUAAAAUAUCACUUAGGAAUGUACCACGAGAGAAUUAACCGUGCAACGAACAAAAAGAUCACCCUGUCACUUGUGGCCAACCCAUCUCAUUUGGAAGCAGUUGAUCCUGUUGUACAAGGAAAGACCAAAGCUGAGCAGUUUUACCGAGGCGAUACUGAGGGGAAGAAGGUUAUGUCUAUACUUUUACAUGGUGAUGCCGCCUUCGCUGGACAAGGAGUAGUUUAUGAAACCUUUCAUCUCAGUGAUCUUCCGUCAUAUACCACCAAUGGGACCAUUCACGUUGUGGUCAACAAUCAGAUUGGUUUUACUACUGAUCCACGAAUGGCUCGCUCAUCUCCAUAUCCAACGGAUGUAGCUCGGGUAGUGAAUGCACCUAUUUUUCAUGUGAAUGCUGAUGAUCCAGAAGCAGUAAUGUAUGUGUGCAACGUAGCUGCAGAAUGGCGAAACACUUUUAAUAAGGAUGUUGUUAUAGAUUUGGUUUGUUACCGAAGACGAGGCCACAAUGAAAUGGAUGAACCCAUGUUCACCCAGCCUUUGAUGUACAAGCAGAUUCAUAAACAGAUCCCUGUGCUGAAAAAGUAUGCUGACAAGUUGAUAGCUGAUGGAACUGUCACACUACAGGAGUUUGAGGAGGAAAUUGCAAAAUAUGAUAAGAUAUGUGAAGAAGCUUAUACUAGAUCUAAAGAUAAUAAAAUUCUACACAUUAAACACUGGCUUGAUUCACCUUGGCCAGGUUUCUUUAAUAUCAAUGGAGAACCAAAGAGUAUGACUUGUCCUUCUACGGGCAUUCCUGAAGAUACGUUGAACCAUAUUGGAAAUGUAGCCAGUUCUGUACCCCUUGAAGGAUUUCAGAUACAUGGAGGACUUUCCCGAAUUUUGAAAGGUCGACUGGAAAUGACAAAGAACCGAGUUGUUGACUGGGCCUUAGGAGAGUACAUGGCUUUUGGGUCUUUACUGAAAGAAGGUAUCCAUGUUCGGCUAAGUGGGCAGGAUGUAGAAAGAGGCACUUUCAGCCAUCGCCACCAUGUGCUGCAUGAUCAAGAUGUUGACAAGAGGACUUGUGUUCCUAUGAAUCACCUCUGGGAACAACAGGCUCCCUACACUGUAUGCAACAGUUCUCUUUCAGAAUAUGGGGUCUUAGGAUUUGAGCUUGGCUUUGCAAUGUCAAGUCCCAAUGCUCUGGUGUGCUGGGAAGCUCAGUUUGGUGACUUUCAAAAUACAGCACAGUGUAUAAUUGAUCAGUUUAUCAGCUCAGGACAGGCUAAGUGGGUUCGUCACAACGGGAUUGUCCUACUUUUGCCUCAUGGAAUGGAAGGAAUGGGCCCAGAACAUUCUUCAGCUAGACCAGAGAGGUUCCUUCAGAUGAGUAAUGAUGAUCCUGAUGCUUUCCCAAAAUUUGAUAAUGAUUUUGAGGUUUCCCAGCUCUUUGACUGCAAUUGGAUUGUGGUGAACUGUUCAACUCCAGCCAGUUACUUCCAUGUCCUCAGAAGACAGAUCUUAUUGCCAUUUAGAAAGCCUCUAAUUAUCUUCACACCGAAGUCUUUGCUGAGACAUCCUGAAGCAAAAUCCAGCUUUGAUGAAAUGCUAUUAGGGACCAGAUUUAGGCGUAUGAUUCCUGAGGAAGGACCCCCAGCUGAAAGUCCUAGUGAGGUAAAACGAGUGAUUUUCUGCACUGGGAAGGUUUACUAUGACCUUGUUAAAGAAAGGAAGAACCAGGAUUUGGAGAAAGAGGUGGCUAUAACCAGAUUGGAACAGAUCUCCCCUUUCCCUUUUGAUUUGCUCAAAGAGGAAAUUGAGAAGUAUGCCAAAGCUGAUCUUUUGUGGUGUCAAGAAGAACACAAGAAUAUGGGAUUUUAUGAUUAUGUCAAGCCUCGUUUCCGUACCAUUGUGAACCAUACUCGACCUAUAUGGUAUGUUGGCCGUGAACCUGCUGCUGCUCCAGCAACUGGCAACAAGAACACUCAUCUGGUGUCACUCAGAAGAUUUUUAGAUACAGCUUUCAACCUGGAGGCAUUUGAAGGAAAAAUGUUUUGACUUUAAUAUAAUGGUCCCAUCUUCUCCAUCUGUAGUUUAGCAUUUAUGUACUAUAUCUUAGAAAUACCAUGAUCCUAAAAGGAAAUUAAAAAUAGUGGGAAAUUACUUCAGAAUUUGUAGGGACUUUUUGCAAAUGAGCUCAUCUCUCUUAAACUGUUGUUUUAGUGUGAAUUCUAAGAUUGCCUCUUAAUUCUCCUCCAGUUAAAUGAUUUUAUGGAUUACAGUGCAGCUACCUCUGAAUGAAGACACAGAGUAAACACGGUUUCCUUCCUUCAGUUUAUAUUUUGAAUGAACCAGUCUCUAUAUUUUAAUGAUUUUUUUUACAUCCCAACGCUAGGAGUAGUAGAAAUAAUGCUAACAAAGCAGAGUGGUACACUAGAAAUAUUCCAAAUGUCAUUGUUAGAUGGCAAGCUCCACAACUGCAGUUUUCCAUUAAUUUAGACUAUAAUUUUAUAAAGCUGGAAUGAAGAGACUACAGUGAAAAUCUUAUAGAAAAGCAACAAUCUUAUAAUAUUCUUCUGUGUACUUUCGUCUUAUACACAAAUUGUUGUGAGAGGGAUUUAAGGAGGAGCAGAGAGAACCACAUAUGCUUCCUUGAGUUCCCUAGAAGAACGGUCAGGAAAAAACAUGAAAAAUACAUGUCCCUAGUAUCAGUGAGAGAGAAGAUAUAUUCCCUAGGAGCCCAUUUAGGCAGUGGGGGAAAUUCUGUCAGCCUAUAGGUAAAAAUCCAAACGUUCAAUUUCCCAAUAGCCAUGUGAUUAUGUCUUUAAAAUAUAGGAUUGUUAAACUCAGAUUGAUGGGUCUCUGUGGUCCAAAGGUGAACAGAUUGAAAGGAGCAGCCACAUUUACCCUUUCUGUCAGUCUCUUCUCAAAACCAAUACCCUGUGUUAAUGACAGAUGUUGGAGCAGGAACACAUACCAGGAUCUUUAAAAUACCCUUUUUCUCCCCAUUAGGGGCUUGGAGAACUUUGCAAAAGAAUAUUAGAGUGCCAGCAAGAGCUCCAGCCCUGCAUUAUACUUGCCCUUUGAUGCAUUUAGUUUGUCACGAUAGGAGUUGGGUGAUGUCAGUAGGUGCAGCCUCAUUGGCAUUCAACACCAGUCCCCUUCCAUGGCCUAGCAUUCAUUUUAUCAUUGGUGAAACAGCAACUGACAUCUCUGUAAUUCACACUGAGGUCUCUCUUUGUCCUUUUGCUGCUGUUGUUCAUAAUGUUGCAAAGAAUUACUUUGCUAUUUAAAACUCAUGAGCGUUACACAACAACUGAGCACAUCCAGCAUUAGGUUUAUUUCUGAACUACUUGAAGCAUUCUUCUUGAAGUUCUCAAUGCUGCAGAAUAGUCAUAACAGUCUGUACAGUGGGUAUAUGUAAUAUUUGAAUUCUAUAGGCAAUGUUACUAUGUCUGUUUGGUCUGCUCUUAGUCAGCACUAAAAUACAUUGGCAUUUCCAGUGGCGUGUUCCAUGUUCAUUUAGUUUUGAAUGCAACUAAUGAAAUAGUUUCAUUUUCAGUGUUAUGCACACUUAACCUGAGCACCAUCCAACACAAUAGAACUUCCUUCUGAGCAAACACACUUAGGCUUAUGCUAUAUACAGUCCAAAGUCAAAACAUUAUUUUUUAAAAAACAAAUUAUAAAUUUAAAGGAGAAGGUCUGGGUGCAGUUACUAGGUCUAUAUAUUUUGCUCUCUUUGUACAAGGAAGGCCAUUUCAGUGUAACUUGAAACAUUUCCUGUCUCCUUUUGAAUGAUAAAUGCUCUUGUGGCUAGGAACGCAGAAAUUUAGUGACAAAAAUUAACAUAAACAUAAAAGUGGGAAAUGGCAGGCUUCCAUUUUCAUUGUUGUUUGUAGAAUUUAGCAUUAUAUUUUAGAAAAUAAAUUCUGUCCAAUAAUGUGAGAA